AUGCACGAAAAAAACGACAGAUUUGCUCGAUUUUUGAAAAAAAGAUAUCCUGAUAAAGAAGUUAUAACGUUGGAUCAGCAUAGAGAUUGUACAUUCAUCGUGGAAAACGAUCAAUUUGUAGGAGACUUCUAUCUUAUUGAACCCAAUAGUUAUAAAACUUACCAUCUCUACGCAUUUGGAGAGAAUGAACAUGAACAUGAGCGAAUAAGCUGCACCCGUGUACAAUAUGCUAGCAGAGAAGAUUCGGAUAAAGUUCUUCGAUUUUUCUUCAAAGAUGAGCGAAAGAAACAGAUCAGAGUCAUUGCAAACUACUUAGCAUUCCCUCAAUCUUUCCUUGUUCAAAUCAGUCAACAUGUAAAGCUCUUGCCUGACUUAGAAACUGUUUUUAAAGUGGCAAAACCUGUGCCAGAACCCGAUAAAUAUUACAAACUGGAGAGCAAACCUAGAAGCUCAUCCGUUAAUGUUGUACCUUCUUAUCCGAUGCAUUCGGAUUACAUCGACAGCAGAAACCACACCGAGUUCAACGCUCCGUAUAUGGGUGUAAAUGAGACAAAAAAGCAUAGAAAAACGAGUUACGUUGACAACGGUAACGGUAGCGCUCACAUUGUAACAGAUGGGUAUAAUUUUGAUACGGGGAAGCAAAGAAAAACGAGUUACGGUGAAAACGGCUACGGCAACGGUAGCACUCUCAUUGCUCCAGAUGUCAAUCAGUUCGAUACAGAAAAGCAUAGAACAACGAAUUACAUUAACAACGGUAACGAUGGCUCACCUAUUGCUCGAGAUGCGGAUGAAACCGAAACGAGAAAGCCCACAAGCACGAGUAGCAGUGGAUCAAACGGACCAACAAUACUCCAACGUAUUAAAGUUUCUCUCGAUCCAGUUGCCAGUUUCUUUGGGUCUUCAUUUACCAAAAGUGAUCCUAAAAUCUCCCCACAUAUAUCAGGAGGAUCUUUUGGGAAAGAGAACAAGAAAAGCAAAAGGGCUGAAGAUUCUGAUGACGACUAUAGAAGAGAUUACUAUCAGAAUGAAUUGGUUCGAGAGAGUUUUGAGAAGGUGGGCCAAGGUGGUCAGAGUCAUGUUGUGACUGCCAAAAUUAAGGAUACUGGAAAACAAGUUGCUGUUAAAUACUCGAGCUUUGUAUCAAAGUUACGAGGACAUUGUGCCAAAGAACUUAGUUUGUUGAAAGAGUUACGACAUGAGAACAUCGUUGCUUAUUAUGGUGUUUUGUAUGAAUCCGCUCACUUUCACAAUGAUCCACUGGGCUUUGUUAUGGAGUAUAUGGAGGGCGGAAGUCUUCAUGGAGUUAUUUAUAAAACAACCUCAGCCUUCUAUAACGGUUAUAACGUCCUCCAUUGGAUACGUCAAGCAGCAGCCGGCUUGAUCUUUUUACAUAAGAAAAAAAUAAUUCAUAGAGAUAUCAAACCAGCAAACCUUCUAUUAGAUAGAGAUUUCAAGCAAUUGAAAAUAUGUGAUUUGGGAAUAUCAACUACAGAUCCAACAUCUGGUACAGAGUGUGGUACUAUCUAUUACACACCACCGGAAGUCUUUGCUGAGAAAAAAGGAGAAAAGUUUAGUACUAAAUGUGAUAUCUAUAGUUUAGGAAUCACUCUGUGGGAAGUUUGUCAUAGAAAGCCUCCAUAUGAGAAGGAAGUCUUGCUCAACCUGCUCAUUGCCAUUAGGGAUCGAAAACUGAGACCGGCAAUUGAUGACGAUGUUUGCCCUAGAGAAUUUGCUGAUCUCAUAAAAAUAAUGUGGGAUUCUGAAGUAGCGAAAAGACCUGAUGCCGAGCGUGUCAGAGACGAAAUAGAUAGGAUUGCUAACAAAUACCCAAAACAUUCUUGA